CUCACCAAACAGUCAGUUCGUUCGUUCGUUUCGGCGUCUUUUCGGACGGAAGUUCCCCAUUUUUCGGAUCCAAAUUAAACGUGUAAGAUCAUCAUCGACCGGCAUGAACUGUUCGUGUUCUAGCGAGCGUUGUCCGCACCUGCAGUACCUGAGGACACUGCUGGAUAACAACCAGAAGCGGCAGUUGGCCGCACCGAAGCAUGCCGACAGCCAGACACCGGCGAACCUGGAUUACCGGGCAAUCUGGCAACGCUGGAAGCCGUCGAUAAUGGAAGCGAUCCGGCUGUCCGGAUGUGCCCUCGAGACGACGGCCAUCGUCUGGGCAGAGUUUGCCCGGGCCUGCCUUCAGCUGUGCCUCCACGUACUGAACACGAACUGUUCCACGAAUUUGUUCCUGUUCUUCUGCGUAUCGCUCAUCUGGGCGAUGCUGCGAGGUGCACUGUCAAGGUGAAGAGCGUGCGGUGGCACGCACAAAGUUCGGAAAAUCGGAAGCCCGGAACUGCCUCGUAGAAGUGGAGAAGGGGUUUAAUGAGCCAAUGAUGACCCUCACCGGCGAAAGAUAGCGAUGAUGUCGUGCGGAAGAGUAGAACAAACUGGUUUACCACGAAAAAAAGCCAUAAGAUUCCGGAAUUAAAAUGCAAGCACGCGGUGGAUCUCCAAUUGGCACGCGUCUUCUGCAGGCUACCACGGGAGGUACACUAUGGGCCGAAUUGAAACAAUGGAUGUGAGAAACCACCGAUGUGGUGCGUGCGCUCGAGUGCUACUGCUACACGAUUGACCUCCGUAAAUUCGUUCGGAUGACAAGUUGAAGGCAGAAUACGUUGGUUCAAUACCGGACAUCUUGUAAUUGUGCAAAGGCGCCGCGGUUCGCGUCGGAUCUGCACUGCAGGCUGCAGGUGGUUCCCAUGGCUAAUCGGGCAUCGCGCACGCGGGGCCACCAAGAGCGUUCAAUUAAAGGAGAUAAAAGCUAGCCAGUAGUCUGUAGUCUUCGGGCUAUAUUGCGAGAGCGGUGGCGGUGGCACAUUGGCCAUCGGGCAGGAAGUAGUGCCGCAUCCAAUUGGCUAAAGGCUUCGUGGCGUGUUAAUGUUGCUGCACUGCGCGAUAAUUAAUAUUUUCCGGUCAGCGGCCACCUGUGGCCCGAGGGUGGGCCCUGUUGUAAUAAGUGCCGCAGGGGGAAAAGGGCCCUCGGUGACGUCGCAGAACAGAAUGACGAACGCUCGGACGAACCGGGAAUGAUCCUAGGAUACCGCCAAGGGUCCGGUCGAUGAUUAUUUCUGGUGACGCGAAUGGUUUUACGGAGGGGGCGUCCGAUAAGUUACAUGGGACCUGUACCUUUGCUGUGCCCACAGUAGAUAAGUCCUGUAAUCCGUGGCAGUGCUUCGUGGAACUCAA